GAUUUGGAUUUUUAAUUUUUAUUCAUAUAUAUAAUAUAAAAAAAAAUAAAAUUGUUGUUGAAUUAGCAGAAAUUUCAUCCGGUUUUGUAGUUCCGAAUUAUGGGUUGGGAUGUCAUAUAUGGAGUUAUAUUUGUGCCGACUGUUGAAGAUGAAUAUCCUUUGAUUUUCAAGAAAAAGAAAAAGAAGGUUAUCCUGGCUGAUGCAACAGUGAUCCGUGAUAGUUUUGUAAUUGGUGAGCCCGGCAAGGUUGUUCUCACCAUUGAUAACAUGACCUCAAAGUUAAUAACGCUCUUAUAUGAUAAAGCCUUAUUCCAAUUGAAAUCAGAAGCCUUCAACCUUAGUAAAAAUUCCAUAACUUAGAAU